AUGGCCUUCCACAUGAUUCGUGCGUCAAAGAAGAAGGGACUAUCGUACGAGGAGAAGAGGAAGCGCCUGCUUGACCUGCUUCACGAAAGGAAAGAUGCCUUUACGCUCAAGGAAUUGGAGAAUCUUGCCAAGAAGGAGAAGGGCAUUGUCAAGGAUGUGGCACAAGGUCUCGUGGACGACGGUGACAUCAUGCUCGACAAGGUGGGCACCACCAACUACUACUGGUCCUUCCCAUCGCAAACGUUGAUCACCAAAACGAACAUCAUCAACAAGCUACAAGAAGAAGUCGACGUGCUCAAGCGAAAGCGAGACGACCUCCACUCCGAAGAGAGCGCUUCCACCAAGGGAAGGGAAGAGUCGGACGAAAGAGACGCCAAGCUGGCCAGGCUGGAAGAGGUCAAGGCCAAGAAUGCCGAGCUCAAGGCCGAGCUGAAGAAGUACAUCGAGUUCGAUCCGGAGCUCAUCGAGGACAUGGAGAGCGACAUUGCCGAAGCGCGGGACGCCGCCAACAGGUGGACGGACAACAUCCUCACGCUGCGCAAGUGGUGCUCGGAGAAGUUCGGCAUCGAGGAGGAGGCCUUCAACUCCAGCUUCUCCGUCCCGGAAGACCUCGACUACGUGGAGUAA